UGUAGAACGAGAAUGUCACUGCCAGUGGUAAUGGGCAACCACUGCAUGAGUGGACCAACAUCAACAUCCAUGGAAAGGGUCAUCAUUCAUCAUGAGACACACGGUUAACAAGGGGGAGAUAGUGCAAGCGUAAUCUCCAAGUUCUUUCAUCUUUUUGUUACUUUUUGUUAGAGACACAUAGGCCCAGAAUAACUUGUAAGUUAUUUGAUUCAGAUCUGUCUCUUUGGUUUCACUUGAGGGUCCAAGUGAGGAAUGCAAAGAAAAUGGGGAGGAAGGGAAGUUGGUUUUCUACUGUGAAGAAAGCUCUGAGCCCUGAAUCAAAGGAGAGGAACUAUCAGAAAACAAGUAGACCAAAGAAGAAAUGGUUUGGAAAACAAAAGUUGCAGACUUCAGCGUCACAAUCCGAAACUGAUAAAGCACCUCCUCUUCCUCCACCCGAGGUUAUUUUACCUCACUCUGAGAUUGAAACCAGUCAUGAUGACGUCAAAGUUGAAACUGCAGUUGUUGCCGAGGAACCUGUUCCUGCUGUUCAGACAGAACCUGUGGAUGUCCAAGCCACUACAAUUGUUCAGUUACACAGUAAACCAACAGAAGAAGUGGCAGCAAUAAGGAUUCAGAAAGCUUUUCGGGGAUACUUGGCAAGAAGGGCAUUGCGGGCUUUGAGGGGACUGGUGAGGUUGAGAUCACUCAUGGAAGGGCCAGUGGUGAAACGUCAAGCUAUUAGUACCCUCCGUUCUAUGCAGACUUUUGCACAUUUGCAAACUCAGAUUCGUUAUAGGAGGCUCAGGAUGUUGGAGGAGAAUCAAGCUCUACAGAAACAGCUCUUACAGAAACAUGCAAAAGAGUUAGAGAGCAUGAGGCUUGGUGAGGAAUGGGAUGACAGUGUACAAUCGAAAGAACAGGUUGAAGCCAAGUUACUGAGCAAGUAUGAAGCUGCUAUGAGAAGAGAAAGAGCAAUGGCUUAUUCAUUCUCUCAUCAGCAAAACUGGAAGAAUUCAUCAAGAUCCAUAAACCCAAUGUUCAUGGAUCCAACCAAUCCAACCUGGGGUUGGAGUUGGUUGGAGCGAUGGACGGCAGCCCGGCCCUGGGAGAGCCAUAGCUUGGUGGAGAAAGAGAAGAAUGACAAUAAAUCUAUUAGAAGUUCUGGCCGUGGCAUUACCAGUGCUGAAAUCAGCAAAUCAUUUGCUAAGUUUCAGCUCAAUUCUGAGAAGUAUUCUCCAACAGCGAGCCAAAAUCCAGGCUCACCUAACGUUGAGUCACAUUCCCAGCAAUCGCAUUCAAAUCCUCCCAAGUCAGCUUCUCCAGCAGCUGCUAAGAAGCUGAAGAAAGUGAGUCCAAAGGACAUCAUGGCUAUAGAUGAUGAGACCAAAAGUGUGAUGAGUGUGCAGUCAGAGCGGGCAAGGAGGCACUCCAUUGGUGGAUCAACAGUGGGAGAUGAUGAAAGCCUUGCAAGCUCCCCAGCAAUUCCAAGUUACAUGGUGCCAACUAAAUCUGCCAAAGCCAAGUCCAGAAUGCAAAGCCCACUAGCUGCAGAAAAUGUGACCCCAAAUAAAGGGUCCCCUGCUGGGACUGCAAAAAAACGUCUUAGUUUCCCUGCUUCACCUGCUAGACCAAGAAGGCAUUCAGGUCCACCAAAGGUAGAAAUCAGCUUCAAUGCUGAAAUCGCUGUGGGAAAUGGUGUGUCUGGCUGAUUACAUAGCCACAGGAAAACGAUGAAAAAACAAGAAGUUGAAAUAUGGUGGCAAGAAUAAGACAAAAGUUCAUUUGAAUUGUCCCUUAAUUUAUUUAUUUAUUUAUUUAUCAUGUGUAUCUUCGUCUUAUCAUUUUUAUAUUGAUUUGGGGUGAAAACUGUUUUGCCUACUACAUUUGUGUAUUUGUCGUAUUCCACGCCUGGUAUGUACUCACAAUUUGUGCUGAGGGGAUCAAAGGUGGUUCAUGAGAGUUCUAUGGACAAAAGAGCAUUCAGCUGCAGAAUGACUUACUGAGCCUCCCCCAGUAUCUUUCUGCUACUAUUCAUUCUUAUUUCUGAUAUAAAAUGUAUAUUUAAUUUCAUUGCCCCCA